GAUUCUGUAUUUCGUUUUCGCUCUCUUCGGCGUCCUCCUCUAUUGCGUCUUCCAAUUGAAGGCACUCGGCAUUCUGAGACGUCUGCUACUGUGGUGGCGUAGACAGAGGCAGCGGCAGAAGAAGAGGCAGAGCAGAAGAAAUAGUUUGAGGCGUAGACAUAUACACUUGCACGUUUACAGGCGUGCACGCACUUACACACGCCAUGUGCAGAGGAUCGGGCUAGAGAUAGAGUUUGAGCAGUUUCCGAAACUAAUUUUGCCACUCUCUACAACACAGAAAUCCGUGAUGAACCACCUACGGGUGCACAAAUUCAAGAUCGGCGGCAAGGACAGCAGCAACGCCGCUUCUGCAGCGAUUGCAGCUGCAGCCGAUCCCUCGGACAAUAAUAAUACGAACACGAACAACAACAACAACAACAAUAACAACAAUGGAAGUGGCAGUGCCAAGGGAUUCCUCACGCGCAUCAAACGGUACUCGGUACUGGGGAACAAGCUGAGUCGCCGCCACUUGGGGAGCCUCAACUUACAGCCGUCGGCAGCCGGAUCGGAGAUUACCGGCAGGGGAGAGCGUACAGGGCAGUCGCCCGGCAAGACGGUGUCUGGAAGCUACAACAUGACUGGCAGCCACUCGGAGGACCAUCGGCUGGAGAUCGGUGCCCCGGUGCUUAUAUCGACCACCACAUUGGACACGGACCGCUUUGAUGUAACCGAGGCGCGACUCAAGCAGAUUGGCGGCGGCAUUGCCCAGACCUCCACCAUUGUGCGCACCCUGACGCCACGCAGCUCCGACGAGGAGGAGUUCUUGGAUGCCCGCUGCACACAGCCCGAUCGGGAUGAGCGGGAUGAGCCCGAGGAGUUUCAGACGCCCAUACAUCAGCCACAGGAAGGCCACGAGAAGCCACAGGCACAAAAUAAAGAUUCAGAGCCACAGGCGCAGGAGGAUUACAAAGCAGGCUUGGUGAAGGAUGAGGGUGAGGAGGAGGAGGAGAAGGAGAAGGUGGUGAUGCCACCGAUGCGAAGGGCCAACAUUGCCCGCCAGCAGCAGGCCAUGUCCGUGCAGAAUCUGCACAGAACAGAACUGAAAGUCUACCUGCACAAGUCGCCCUCGAUGACGCUGGACAUGAACGUGACGGCUCCAGGGCAUCUGGGCCCGGGCCUGAACAUGCCUGAGCUUCCGGAGUUGUAUGGCGACAGCAAGCUAAGUCUGGCGGCCAGCUCCAUGGAGAAUGACAAGGAGAAUACACCAGUGGUGGUGGGCGUGCCACCAACCGCCAACGGAUUAGAAGGAUUCCUGUCACAGGAGCCACACUUUCAGAGCAUCGAAUCGUUCCAGUUGCAUAGACGCUCGAAGCGCAGCUCCUCUCAGCCGAGCUCCAAGCAGAGCUCCAAGAUAAGCCUCGACUGCUCUGUGCACAGCUUUGACUUUGACUUUAAGUCGGUCAGCUAUCAGAGUCUAAAUGCCCAGAACCUAAUGGUGUCCAUUGACGAGCUGCAGGAGAUUACGCGGCAGAUCAACGAGACGGAGGACUUUACCAAGGAGGUGGAUCUAGAGUACUGCGAGCACCGGGAUCAGCUGCGUCCCAGCGAGCGUCGCAUUACGCUGCUCAAGAACAAGAACCAGACACUCAUCCACUUUAAUCAGCAGAAGGAGAAGCUGCGCAAGGGCUGGCAUGGCAUGAAACACUGGCUCGGCGAAGAGGGUAGCCGCCUAAAGGAGGCUGUCCGCCAGCAGACACCCCUCAAGCGUCUGGCCCGCUCACGCAGCAAUCUGAAUCAGUCGACAACAGACGCGAGUCGUCUGUCCCCAUCGCCGGACCGUGCCACGCGCGACGUCACCGAAAGCUGUGAGGAUAUCACCAAUCGCACGGAACUGGACUCCUCCAUGUCCCAGAGGGCAAACAGUGAUGAGGACUUGUCACCAAAUGCCAAGCGCUUCAAGGAUGAGGGCCAAAAUGGAUUCGAGGAACUGCGUCGCUACAUCAAGCAGGGCGGAGACUUUAGCAAGGAGCUCAUAUUUGUCCUGCAGGAGCGUGCCGAUUCCGAAUUGAUCUACUCCAAAUCCCUCUCGAAGCUGGCCAAUAAGCUGAACAAGGCUGGCCGCGAGAUACCUGGAAGUGUGGCGGAUGCCUGGCGUGGCGUGGCCACCGAAAUGGAGAGUCGCAGCGAUAUCCACCGCCAGCUGGCGGCCUCUCUCACCGAUGAGCUGGUCAAGCCGCUCAAGGUCGUAGUCGAGAGUCACCACAAGGCGCGCAAGGCGGUGGAAAGCACUGUGGACAAGGCCGCUCGUGUGCUCAGCGAAUGGCGCAUAACGGAGGCCAAGGCCAAGAAGGCCUCACAUACGGCGGCGCGUGAGAACGAGAAGCUGCAGGACGCCAUGCUAGAUGUGCGCAUCCAGAAGUCGCCAUCCAUUGCCAUGCUCCACCAGGGUCCCAACAAGAUCUCGGCCGAGAAGGAGCUGAAGAACGCGGAGAAGGACUGCGUGAAGCUGGACAACAAGCGCAAGAAGGCCGAGGAGGCGGUGAAGCGUGCAGAUGUCGAGUAUUACACAAUGUGUGUGCGCGCCGAACGGGCACGCGUCGACUGGGAGAUGGCCGUGCUACGCGGCAGCUCUCAGCUGCAGACCAACGAGCAGCAGCGUCUUGCCAAUAUGCACAACUUUGCCCAGCAGUACGGUCGCCUCAUAUCCGAUAUAAAUCCCAUACUCGGUGGUCUCACAUGCCGCCUGCAGCCUCAGCUGGAUGCCUGUAAUGUCGACAAGGAUAUGCUUGUGGUGAGCAACAUUCGCCACCAUUCGGAGGGACCCAGCGAGCAGCUGCUGCCCGACUUCUACUGCGAACACACCACACUGGCCAUGAACCGCGAGCGGCGCAAGCAUGCGCUCAUCAAGCUGCUGCAGCUGGUGAAAACCGAUCUCGAACGCGAGCGUAAGUCACGUGACGGCCUCCGCGGUCUCUCUCAGUCGUUGAACAACCAGGAGAACCAAAACAUCACCGAUAAGCUGUAUCACAUUCGAUCCAUGCUCACAUAUCUGGAGGGAUCACGCAUCAAGCUGCAGUCUGCCCUCUUGGAGCUGGACCACAAGCCCCGCACCACACAUCCCCUGGCACAGCACAUUCAGAUAACGCGGGACCGCACUGGGCUUCAACAGAGCAUCCUGAAGGUACCCAAUUGGCUGAAGAACAACGACAAGUCACAACAGUCCACAGGGCUGGACGUGACUGGCUUCGGCACCCAGGAUGAUGAGCAGGAGGAGGACGCCUGCUCCCAGAUGAUGGGCAACGCGCUCAGCAACAGCUCCUGUGCGGACAUCAGUGUGGCGGUGGCGGGGCCAGCUUUGAAGCACUUCAAUCGGAGCAAGAGCAACAUUGAGACCUUCAACACCAGCCAACCAAAGAUAAUCUCCACGACGAACGCCUCGCUGGCUGCUGUGGCACUGACGGCGUCUGUCAAAUGCAAGACCAUACCAGCGAACCAUCACCACAACCACCAUCAGGGCAGCGAUCGCGGCCAGGCGGAUGGUGGCUCCAAUCAGCAGGACUCGGACUUUGAUGAAUUCAGUUCACAGGACGAGGACGAGGAGGACACGGGCCCCAUCAAGGGACAGCAGGGACCACAGUCGCAGUCGCAAAACCAAAACCAAAACCAGAUGCCAACGCAGCAUUUCUAUCAGAAUGCGCAGGAUCUGCAGAAGGGAGGUCAUGGCCAGGGCCAGGGCCAAGUGCUCGGACGAUGCAAGGCGCUCUACAGCUACACACCAAAGCUCUACGAUGAACUGGAACUGAGUCCCGGCGACAUCAUCGAAGUUCAUGCCAAGCAGGAUGAUGGCUGGUGGCUGGGGGCACUGCGGAAUCACAUUGGCAUCUUUCCUGCCACCUAUGUGGAGGAGUGCUAGGGCAUAGGAGACGCCACCUGAAGCAUCACUAGAGAUAUAUGUAGUACUUGUGUGUAUGUGUGUGUGUGUGUGUGUGUGCUAGAGAGUGCUGUGUGUUUUUUUGCAGUGUGUGAAUGCGUUUCGAAUACUUAUAAGAGUGUGAUGAGGCGAGGUGAGGCGAGGCGAGGCUCCUCCGCGUUUGACUUU